CUGUAAUCCCCACGAAAGAAGCUUUCUUCAAGAGCCGUACUUGCUGCAGUAGGGUCCCGGUGCGGACGGCUUGCCCUUGCCCGAUACGACCUGUUCCGAUUCAGCCCUAUCAUUCUUGGGCUGACCUUUCACAAUACUGCCAGACACAAUUGCUGAUUCGUGAAGCUUGGUCAUGACGGCUCAGGUCCUCUCUGUACAUACUGGUUAUACGUCGGAAUUUGGGCAGCAUCGCGAAUCGAGCAUGUCUGCCAUAUCAGAUACCCCAAGGAUGGGUCUUCCCACGCCAGCCUCUCCCAACUCAGGAGACGAUCCAAGAGGUCGGCGUCGUACAAGAGAAGAUGAAGAUCAGACGCACGAUGGCGAUAAUGGUGAUGAUGCUGAUGGAGCAGAUCCAGGUGGUUCUUCGAGAAAGAGAAGACGAAGUCGGAAAGGACUCGAUAAGAAGUUUGAUUGUCCCCACGAGGGCUGCGGGAAGAGCUACUCAAGAGCGGAGCAUUUAUACCGCCAUCAAUUGAACCACAACCCCAAGCAAAUAUAUCGUUGCGACUUUCCUGACUGUAAUCGAUCUUUUGUUCGCCAGGACCUGUGUGCGAGACACAAAGAACGACAUACUGCCCGAGGCUCACAGCUGCUCCGCAAGGAUACAUUUAUGCAUAAUGCGAAUCCUAUAGUAACUGCUGCCUUGGAGGGCCAGAAAUCUCAUCCUCAGCAGGGACAGCAUUCGCCUACGGUCUAUAUGCGGGAUUCACCUGCAUCGGCCCACCCAAGCUCUGCGACUGUAGGUUCUGCAGCCGUUGGAGGGUCGUCGAUAUCCCCUCCAUUGAAUGCGACCUUGCCCUCACCCGCAUCCGAAUCUGCUAUGCGGUCUACAGCUGGUUAUGGGCGUAGGGAUGAACGGUACGACAUGACUCCACGGGCAUAUAACAAUCACCAACAAGGGCAACGAACUCCAAGCUUUGGUGCUAUAAGCGCGGCGCGACCCAACAUGUCACCGCACACAAGUAAUGACGGAUUCGCCCGGCCAGGCCUUCCCACCCAGGCAUCUGGUGGCCACAUGCAAACUUAUAAUCAAAGCAAUAAUUCACCUUACAGCGGCCCCACUGGGCAACAGUACAACUCACAAGCACCACAAGCACCACAAGGACCACAGGACUACAAGCAAUACACCCCUUCGUCAGCUAGCUAUCAAGCGCAGCAGAGCAUUCCUCAAUUUAAUAAUCUACCUCCACCCGGUUUUCAGACGAUGAACAAUGCGACUGAUGCCCGCGGUCAACCCCAAGGCCAUCAUACCCCACAAACAUCCCACCUGGAGAAUGGGCAGACUGCAGUCGUCUCGGAUACACCGAUGCUUGGCACCACUCCCGGUUUUCAGUCGUCGAUACCAGUGUUCGGGGGUGAGGGCUACAGUAGAUCGCCAUUUGCCAUGGCCGAUGAUUUUGCUGCUUGGUUGUUUAAUGAAUCAAACUUGAAUACGAAUGGCGGGUCGGCUAUGAAUCUUCAACAUGGAAGUGUCGCACCGGGACUGGGGUCAUCGUCCACCAUCGGACUACAAGCACCAUAUUUUAAUUACGAUCCGGUUGUCAGCGGGUAUUAUACUCCACAGGCACCCCAACAACAUCCAAUGGCUGUCAAUAGUAUUCUUGAUACUAGUCUGCCGGAGUCUGCGCUGUCGGAGGAGAAGCGAUCUCAGCUCAUCGAUCUUAUCGAAGAACGAUUCAACGAGACUGACCAUGCACCCGUAAAGAGGCAAAAGGCUGAGCUUUUGGAAGGCAACAGGGAUGGCCCCCAUCAUAUCCUCAGCCUACACAUGAUGCAGACUUUCAUUGCGUCGUACUGGUCUCAUUUCCAUCCCCAAAUGCCUAUCCUGCACCGUCCGACUUUCAAUGCGGCAUCAUGUCCAAACAUCCUGCUACUGGCCGUCAUGGCCGUUGGAGCUGCAUGCUUGGAAAAGAACCACGGAUACGACACAACUCAAACAUGUUCUGAACUUGCCAACUUUCUGGCUUGGCAUCUGCGAUGGGAAGUAUUCAUGGAUGCGGACUUUCGUCCCCCUGCUAAGCUUUGGAUUUUCCAGGCAUUGAUAUUACUCGAGAUCUUCGAGAAGAUGUUUUCAACCAGGCCUCUCCACGAAAGAGCACAUAUCCACCAUGCUACAACCCUCACACUGAUGCGUAGAGGAAGCUCGCUCAUCGGUAGAUCUGCGAUGGAUUCUCCGCCAAGUACGAAGGACCCUAAAUCGAAUGGUAGUGCAUCGACGGCACCACAGACACCCGAUGAAUGGUGGAAUCAUUGGAUAUCCAACGAAGCGACACGAAGGGCAGCAUUCGCUGCUUUUGUCAUGGACUCGAUACAUGCCACAAUGUUUGGCCAUUCCGCCGUUAUGGUCGCGCACGAGAUGCGCCUGCCUCUCCCGUGCGACGAAACACUGUGGUCAGCCACCAGUGGCGCGGAAGUUGGGCGUAUCGAGACCAGCUUACACAACAACGGCGUCAAGCCAACAACCUUCCUCGAGGGUCUGAAGAAGACUCUCAACGGACAAGCAGUACAUACGAACGCCUUUGGUCGCAACAUUAUCAUGGCAGGUCUGCUGAGUGUCACAUGGCACAUGAACCAAAGAGACCUCCAAGUAACAUCCUUGGGUGUGUCACAGGCAUUAGGCGGUCGUGACAAAUGGCGCGGAGCUCUCACUCGUGCCUUUGACUUUUGGAAAACAGACUUUGAUGGUGCUGUAGCAAAAGUAGAUCAUGCACAGCAGCACCAGACCGGCUCGAGUUCACGCCGCAGUGCGUUGGAUGACAAUCUUAUGUACGAAAGUCGCACCGUUCUGCACCAUCUGGCACAUAUGGCCAUGCAUGUCGACAUAGUGGACUGCCAGAUCUACGCCGGUGCGACGCGGCUCUUGGGUCGCAGUAUUACAUCUCAGGAUGCGAAUGGUGCUCAGAAACGUAUGAAGGAAGUGUGGGCACCUACAGCAAAGGCCCGAGAUGCGACCUUUUACGCCCUGCGCUUCUUGAGUCAAGUAUUGAUUCCUGAAGACAGGCCCAACCACUCCAGCCUCAUUUCUUCUGUGCCGAUGCAAUCCAAUCCGGACAUGACUUACGUUGCGCGCGAAGACUUUCUCCUCAAUCGCCCCUGGGUUCUCUAUUUCGCUGUACUCAUCGUCUGGUCUUACGGUUACGCACUCGAUGGCCCGCUCAGUCCGGCCUAUACACUGAAUACACACGACGAAUGCGUCCGAGACAUGCAGGGCUAUCUACGGCGAGUGGGGACUGUACGCGCCCCUGAUGAUCUUGCGAAGCUCCAGAACCGCAAUGCAUGUCUGGGCUUGUUGGUUCUUAUGCGAGACAUGUUCAAGAAGACCCGCUGGGAACUCCUUCAUGAGGCUAGCGUACGCCUCACUAAAUGCAUUGAGCUCCUCGCGCCAUGAUUUCAUGCCUGAGCAGGAGUCCUUGACAUGAGCCACAUAUCUCACCUACCGUUUGUACAAACCAUUUCAUUGUCCCGAUAGCAUAUCCGGCGUUUUGACGGUUAUCUGGAGCAUGCCCGUUCAUGUUCUGCGCCAUAUAUUGUCACGAU